AUGCGGAGGAGCAGCAGGGGGGAUGGUGGAGAGUGGUUAAAGGGCUUCUUGGCACAACUAGCAUGUUGUGAGGUGAUAGAAGCUGAGGCGUGGGGUAUCUUGGUAGGACCAGAACUAUGCAGAGACAUGGCAUUCAUGAAAAUUGAAGUGGAAUGUGACUCUAAGCAAGUGGUGGGCCUGAUUAAUCAUGUAUCUAGAGAAGGAAACCAAGCAGCCGACAAGCUAGCUCACCUUAGUUUACAACAAGAUUCAUCGAGAACCAUCUGGGACAUGCCACCACCUGAAAUAUGGCGGAUCCUUGAUGAAGACUUAGCUGGAACUGAGAUUCCCCGGAGGGUUUAUACCGUUUGUAAUGGCCAUGUAAUGUAA